AUGUCCUCGUACAACUACGGCAAAGAUGAUCGACACCACCGUCGACCAUUAGAUAUGGUAAUUUAUUUCAUUACAUUCGGCUUGGGUGUUGCCACUGUCGCGUCUACUGCCAACGCUUUAGUGAGACGUAAUGCGGAAGUUGGAUUCGCUACGAGAGCGGCUGCUACCCAAGGAGUCAAAGUGAUCAUCGCAACUAAUGCUCUUACCCAACCUGGAUACGCUCUUUGUUCGGCCGCCAGUGGUGUAGUCGUUAAUUCACUCACACUCCUUGCGUUCUCAUUCAAUAUACCUAGACCAUUCCGAAAAUUGGUAUGGCUCUUACCGAUCGCAGCAUUAUUCAACUUUAUCUUCAUGCUCGCUACUUGCAUUGCGGUAUUUUACAAUGCCAAAACAGGUCAUAUAACAGCUUAUGGAACUUUGAAUGGUAUCGUAUUACCUCAAAGUGUUCUUCAAGCCAAUGCCAAAGCUUUAGGACUUUCUUAUUACUUCUGGGGUAAAGGAUACGUUAAAUUCAUGGCAAUAAUCUCAGUACCUACUACUUUAUUCAGUUUGUUGACCGCCAUUCUAGCUUUCACAUUCUGGAGAAGAGAGAAAUCCUCAAGAUCACAAAUUGAAGCUAAUAACAUCUCUACUCGCCAAAACAAUGCUUCACCCACUUUCAUGAAUGGAGAAGAAAAGGGAACUACUCAACAUAUCGAUCGAGUAUAG